GGGGACGACUAGCAUUCGGCAUCGUUUGGAGGAGCUCUGUCACCGGAACGAGCAAGAAGACGCUUUCUGUCUCCGGCACACUUCAGGGAACUGCAAAUAUGAUUCUACCAGAUUCUGCUGCCAAGACCCAGGUUGCUUCCAAUCCUCGUGGGAAGGUUUCCGUGACAUUUGGGAGGAGGGGCAGUCAAGCAACAAUGUUGAUGACGGAAAAACUGACCAGCGGGAUCUGCUGAAGCAGAAAGGCGUCAGGGCUAGCAUUUGUGGGGUGCUCGCAUCACCUGAUUCUGCACAGCCGCAUCUGUCAUGAUCAUAGGCGGAGAAAAAUAGUAUAAACAGAAAUCUGGUGAGUUUAGAUGACUAAACUUAAGGAGUCGGGCCCUUCCGAAGCUUGUUUCUCCGGCACAACUUUGUAAACUCAGUGAGAUGGCGGCUUCCCCCUGGACAAACUGGGGCCCCUUCUUGCUGGUUCUCAUUCCGGCAGCCCUCUUGACAGGAUUCAGGCACAGCUGCCCUUCGCAAUGCAACUGCUUCUCCCAAGAUAAGACUGUCUUCUGCAACGGGCGGAACCUGACGACCGUGCCAGGCAGGAUCCCUCCAGAUUCUGAGCUCCUGGACUUGAGCCAAAACCUCCUCCGCACUUUGCACCAAGGCAUGUUCUCCCGCCUGCAGGCCCUGAAAGAGCUGGACCUGAGCUAUAACAUCCUCUCCAACAUCGAACCCGGCGCCUUCAAUAGUCUGAAGAGGCUGAUGACCCUCUGGCUGACGGGCAACAAGAUGAAGAUGGUUCCGCCUGGCCUCUUCACGGGGCUGCCCAACCUCGCCGUCCUUGACAUUAGCGAAAAUGAGAUUGUCCUCUUCCUGGACCAUUCCUUCAAGGACCUAUCCAGUCUCCGGAAAUUGGAGGCGGGGGAUAACCACUUGAUCUUUGUUUCGAGCCGAGCUUUCGGAGGCCUCCGGAGUCUGCGGCAGCUCACCCUGGAGAAGUGCAACUUGACUGGCAUCCCGACAGAAGCCCUCUCCAACCUCCACCACCUCGUGGAGCUCAGGCUCAAGGUCCUGAACAUCAGCGUCGUCCCUGACCACUCCUUCAGGAAGUUGCAUCACCUGAAGAUUCUGGAGAUCCACCGGUGGCCUUUCCUGACAGUGCUGGGGCCUCAGAGCCUCUCUGGCUUGAACAUUACCUCCUUGUCGAUCACAAUGUGCAGCCUCCGGGAUGUCCCUUAUAAAGCCAUCAAGCAUUUGGCUUAUCUCCAUUCCCUCGACCUUUCUUACAACCCAAUCUCCGUGAUUCGUGGGCAGAAGCUGGCUGAACUCUCCCGCCUUCAGGAGUUCCACCUCACGGGUGGGCGGCUAGCCACAGUACAAGGCAAUGCUUUCCAAGGCCUCCUCCACUUCCGUGUCCUCAACGUCUCAGGCAACGACUUGCGAACCCUUGAAGAAGGCAUCUUCCACUCGGUGGGGAACCUGGAGGUCCUCAGGUUGGACAGGAACCCCUUGGGUUGCGAUUGCCGCCUUCUCUGGAUCAUCCGGAGGCAGCGGAGGUUGAACUUUGAGGCACAGCAGCCUGUUUGCACUACCAACUCGACAAGCGAAGGGAAGGUCUUCCGUAAACUUUCUGAUGUCCUGCCAGAGCACUUCACCUGUAGGAAGCCUAUAAUCGAGGGCAAGACUCCUCAGAGAGAGAGCAUUGUAGAAGGUGCCCAGGUGAUGUUGACUUGCAAAGGUGAUGGGAAUCCGCCACCCACCAUUUCCUGGCUGUCCCCUCAUAACAUUUCCUUGGACGCCAGCCGCAAGGGUCGGAUCACAGUCCUUUCCAAUGGCACGCUGAAGAUCCAGUACGUGUUUCUUCAAGAUAGUGGGGCAUACCGCUGCGUUGCGAGCAAUGUAGCAGGGAACGACACCGUGUUGGUCUAUCUGCAUGUCCUCAAUGACUCCUCCCUUUGGAACAAUGCCAGCUCCCUCAACGCCUCGAGAGCUUCCCACCCAUUCUUUGUUGAUGUUGGCACCUUGGCGGGGAUCCUGGCCAUUGGGAUAGUGCCCUUCCUGUGCUCUGUCACCGUCUGCUUUGUCUUCAUCUCCCUCUGGAGUAAGGGCAGAGGGAAUGUCAAGCACCAUGUGAUCAGCUCUGUGCCACGCUAUUCCCGAGGCUACAAGGCCGUAUCUAGCAGACCCAGGACAGGAGCAGAAAAGCCCAGAUGAACUAUCCAAUUGGCUUCUCUCUGGAACUGAAGAAGGUCACCAUUGUUUUCUUCAAAUGCCAGCACUUACAGGCCAAGGGACAUCUUAAUUUUUCACAUUUCCACUAGGGAUGGGUGAUGAAUUCGAUUCAGUUUGAAUUUAAAGUCGACUAUCAAAUUUGCAGUUUUGAAAACAAUAUGAGAACCGAAACACAGCCAUCCUUCGAACUUUGCACUUAUUUGAAUUUUGCAAUACAGUUCUCCAAGCAACCAAUGUUUACAAAAAUGCAUAUAUCUAGAGAAAGUCUGCAUAAAAACGAGCAUAUUGGUGAAAAUAACAUACAAAAAUGCAUUACAUUGGGAGAAAUUGUUUGGGAAAAUGUGCAGAUGAGUCAAAACUGAAUACAGUAAUACCUCAGUUAACAAAUCCUCCAGGAAAGAAGCUCCUUUUAACAAAGUUUUUUUGGGGUGUGCGGGGGAGCGUAUGCUCUGACAUAGUCAGAAAGUGGCUCCUUGUCUAGGGGAGUGCAGCUGCUGCAGGCAGCUGUCUCACGCAUGGCUGGAAUGGCGCUCCUUGCCAAGUGAUGCAGGCGCCUCCGCAGUAAAUAGUGCUUUGGGUGCCCUGGAAGCACUGUUUACUGCAGACUUGUCUGCUCGAGUGUAGGGGAGGGUGGCAGAGAGAGAGAGAUCAAGCACAGGGUGGUGGUGCUCCUUGCCUGCUCAAAGGUACGAAGCCUUCAAGUGGUCUGUAUGCAAGGCUCACCUGACCUGGUUGUUUCAUUUCAGACAUGCGUAUUGUUAGUUUUGAAUAAAAAGUUUGCUGAAAUACGUUGAACUGCUCUUCUUUUUGGUGAUGUAAGAACCUAUCCCUUUUCUUUCCAUGUUACUCUUCCCUCUGGUACCAAAAUUUCUGUUAAAGAAAUAAUGCCCAGGCAUGCAUCUAUUUCGUUAACUGAGGUAUUACUGUACAAAUAUGUGUUCAGAAGGAGGAAUUCGCGCUGGAAUGCUGAAGAACUUUCAUGAGGAUUUUUUUUAAGCAAAUUGCUGCAGAAAUGUGGAGAAACGAAUUGAAGAUUUUAAAAAUGAGAAACAGAGAGAACCAAAACUGACACAGCCUUCCAUCUCUAGUUUCCACUGGACUUCUCGUGCUUCACAGGCCCUACGCAGUAUGUGUGCCGUUUGCCAAAGGAGCAUGGACUGUUUUCCUCCAUGCCCAGAGGAGCUUCAGGCUACAUCCGACCCAACCAUUUAAAGCACUGUGAUACCACAUUACACCACCGUGGCUUCCCCCCAAGAAUCCUGGGAGCUGUAGUUUGUUAAGGGUGCUGAAGUUACUGGGAGACCCCCGACUUCCCUCACAGAACUACAGUCCCCAGAGCGCCUUAACCAUCGGUCCCUCUUCCCAGGGAACUCUGGGUGCUGCAUUGAAAUCCAUGCACAGGUUUUGAAGUCUUACGAGGCUUCCCGCAAGCAAAUCUCGGCAGCCAGAAUCUCAGUGGUAACUGGAAAGUGGAGGAUUUGAAUUCUGAAGGUUGGACUCGGCUCGGUGCUGGAAAACAAGAGGCUUAACAUUGGUUGUCAUUUGAAAGAGCUCUGAAGCUCUCAGGAACCGGGGCCUGCCUUACGAUUCCCUCUACCUGUGCUUGACAAUUUCAGAUCAGCUAUACAUUUAUUUUCUCUCUCUCUCUUGUCACUUUGAACUCUCGAUCCUCUCUGGUUUUGUGUAUCGCCACAAGAACUUAGAGGGUUGUUAAGCGAGCAUUUCUGAGUUCAGGACUACAGGUUUUGAAAGGUUUUGUUUUUGAAAUGAGCUUAUGGGAAGCAGCAGAAUGGCAUGGGGGGUAUUUUCAAUUUAAUGUUGCGGAAUUCAAAAAAAUCCAUGCUGGCUAUAUUAUACGGCCACUCUCAUGGCUGUAUAAUAAAUAAACACAUUUUUUUUUUAACAUGAACCCCUCAGUCCCCGGUGCCUUUUCCUUCAAAGAGAAAUGAUCCCUGCUGGGUCAUUGGCAUCGCCCCUGAACAUCCUGCUUGCAAAGCCUUAGGACAGCCUUCCUCAACCUGGAGCCUUUCAAACGUUGCCAGACUAAAACACCCAUCUGUAUCAACCCUGACAAUUAGACCUACUGGCUGCUGGGGGCUGAGGUCCAACCAGUGCUUGGAAUGAACUAGUUGGGCUGAACAAACUUUACUGAAUUCUUCAAAAAUCUCAGGACUGCACCUGAAAUUAUUUCGCAUCAUUGCUGGGUGAACUGAACAUGAAUUAAGUUUGCUUUAGGGUCAGACUUUGAACAAUUUCUAGUUCCUCGUUAUUCUCAUAUGUGUUUUUUUUUACGCUUUCGACUCUGGGUCUUUAAGCUUCAUUGAAUCAUAGAAUAGUCGAGUUGGAAGGGAUCUAUAAGGCCAUCAAGUCCAACCCCCAUAGAUCAUAAUUCAAGAUCAUAAUUGUUGGGGAAAAUAAAU